AGUGGGAAGCAGGCUGGUGCGGCGCGGCGAGCUGUGCCCAUUCCACCCGCGGCCGCCGCCCGCCUCAGAACCACGAUGUUCCGGAUGUUGAGCAGCAGCUUUGAGGACGACCCCUUCUUCGCAGAUUCUUUUCUUGCACACCGAGAAAGUAUGCGCAACAUGAUGAGAAGUUUCUCUGAACCUCUUGGAAGAGACUUGCUCAGUAUCUCUGAUGGUAGAGGAAGAACCCAUAAUCGUAGAGAACGUGAUGGUGGUGAAGACUCCUUAACUCAUGCAGAUGUCAACCCUUUUCAGACAAUGGAUCGGAUGAUGGUAAAUAUGAGAAACAGUAUACAGGAGUUACAAAGAAACUUUGGCCAGCUUUCAAUGGAUCCAAAUGGGCAUUCGUUUUGUUCUUCCUCUGUUAUGACCUAUUCCAAAGUAGGAGAUGAACCACCAAAGGUUUUCCAGGCUGCAACUCAAACCCGUAGGGCUCCAGGAGGAGUAAAAGAAACCAGAAAAGCGAUAAGAGAUUCUGACAGUGGACUAGAAAGAAUGGCUGUCGGUCAUCAUAUCCAUGACCGAGCUCAUGUCAUUAGAAAGUCAAAGAACAACAAGACUGGAGAUGAAGAGGUCGACCAGGAGUUCAUCAAUAUGAAUGAAAGCGAUGCUCAUGCUUUCGACGAUGAGUGGCAAAAUGAAGUUCUGAAGUACAAGCCUACUGGCCGAUCAGGAAACACUGGAAUGCGAAGCAUGGAUCAUGAGCAUCUAGGGUCACGGGAACUCAAAAGGAGAGAGAAAAUUCAUCGAAAUUCAGCCAUUGAGAGUGGAAGAAGAGCAAACAUUUUUGUGGACAAACUCAAUGUCAAAGGAUCACCUGUGAAAAUCACCAAAAAAUAAAUAGCCGUGCAUUUCAUUUGUUUAGUUGGUUAUUUUAACAGAGUCAUGGCAUGGUGCUAGAUAAUAUACAAAAGACCAAUCUCCUGUUGUUAAAUCAGUGUGUACUUUGCAGCUUUCUUCUGAAUAUGAAUAAUCUUGUAAGUUUUAGCUUUACAUUGUUCAUACUUUAGGAAUAAAAUUUUGAUGUUCAACAAUGUG